AUGGGUUUGGCGCACUUUGGGCACAUCGGCGACCGCAGCAACCCGACCUUUAUGCACCACUUAACGCAUUCCUCUUCGGAUUGCGUCACUCGCAUUACUUCGUCAUACGAGAAGUCUUCCAGCCCGGACAUGUCGUACAUGUCCGGGUGGUUGCUCGGUGCAGCAGCAGGUGCCUCGACACGGGCGGGCAUCAUCUACACUAGUGCCCAAACGAAUGCCCGAGCGGACAACGUGCUCAAAUCCUCCCUCACAGAAUCCAACAAGGUCUGCCGGCUCAAUUGGGCCAUCAAGCACGUCACGGACAUCGACGGCGCGAAGUAUUUCAACCCCAUGAACGACACUUCGAAGCGUCACCAGCUCAAGGUCAUGCUCCUGUCAGCGGUGGCUCGCCCACGCUGGUACGAAGCGAAAGGCGAAUGGUUCACCGGCAAAAUGGGCACGUGGCACUUUACCGAGGUCGUGCCUGAACAACGGAGCAGCUGUCGCCAUGAUGCAGGAACGCCUGUCAUGAAAACUGUCAAAGUGACUCGCAACACCUACAACGCCAUGAUUAUCGACAACGUCAUUCCUGCGAUCCGAUCGAAGUGGCCUAAUGAUGAGACCAAGCGCGUCAAGAUUCAAUAG